AUGAUUACAGACUUUGGAGAAGACGCUAUGGGUCUGGGUCAUGAUGAAUUGCGGAAGGGAAAUUCGAUCGACCUCGUUCGAUCAAAAUUUUAUCAAGGCCUGGGAAAUAGCAACGCCGAGAGGAACGAGGCGCUCGAGCAAAUGACCAGGGAAAGGGAGAAAUGGCGACCUUGCCUAUACAGGUCGCUACAGAAAGCCCUGAGAGACGUCCGAGCCUACACAUACGAUGAAGUUCACGGGAAAUGGAAGCCAAGCAGUCGUCAGAAGAGAGUGUUACAGUCGAUGGAAAAUGCUACAUCACAAGCCGAUCUAGCUGAUUGACUGACGUCUCGAGGAGCAAGGAUUCUCUUUCUAUGCUGAUUUGAUCUUGAUUGUUUUCCUGCCAUGUGAUUGUAUUGUGAUCUAUUGUUUUGUGUGCCUUUCAUCUUUCCAUGUAUUGUCGUUAAUGAAUAUGUUUGUACUAGGUUCUUGGCGUUGUAGUUAUUCGUGAAAAAAGCUUGCUUUGUG